AUCCAACCGGAUGUUCGUUUACAUAUCUAAUAGAUUCUAAGUAGAAUAGAUAAUAUUCAUCGUCAUCAUAAUCUAGAGUCUUGAGAUUAUGAAAAUGGAAACUUCAAUUUUGUUUAAGAAUAGAUUAAGUAUAUUCACAAUAUGCUCAAUUUUCUGCGUUUUGACCUACGGAAUAGACAGACCUCGAGGAGUGUCAAUGGAAAAGGCAUCAUUUUAUCAAGGCGGAACAGAAUUUAGAUGCAUAUCUACUGGAAAAAGGAUUCCGAUGGAUCACAUCAAUGAUGACUACUGUGAUUGUGAAGACGGCUCAGAUGAGCCUGGUACUUCUGCCUGCAACAAUGGAUUGUUCUAUUGUGAGAACAAGUCAUACAAAGGAAAUUAUAUCAUGUCUACUAGAGUAAAUGAUGGUAUCUGCGAUUGCUGUGAUGGAUCUGAUGAGUAUGAUGGUACAAUUUCCUGUGAAAAUACCUGCGAAAAGUUGUUUGCUGAGAUUAGAGCUCAACAAGAAGCUUUUAGAGCCAAACAGGAAGCUGGCUACAAAGUUAAACUUGAGUAUAUUCAAAAUGGCCGUCGUACAAAAGAUGAAAAAUUGGCUAAACUAACAGAGCUUUCUAAGGAGAAAGAAAUAUUUGCUCAAGAAAGGGAUGUUUUACAAGCUGCUAAAGAGGAAGCAGAAGUCCCAGAAAAAGAAGCUAAAGCAAAACAUGAACAAGCAUGGGAAGCUGUAAAGGCUGAAAAGAAAAAGCAAGCUGAGGCAGCUGCUGCAGCAGUUGCCUUUGGAGAACUUGAUACUAAUGGUGACCAAAUAGUUGACUAUCCAGAGCUGACUAAACAUGCUGAGUUUGAUAUUGACUCUGAUGGAACAGUAAGUGAUGAAGAAGCAAAGGAAUAUUUGGAAGAUUCUGAUCAGGUAGAUCUUGUAACCUUCACUGAGAAAAUCUGGCCUAAUAUUAAAGAGAUUUACAAACCUAUAGGCUCUAAGGAGGAGGCUCAGUCUGAGCCCACAGAUCCAACUAAACAAGAAAAAACCUCUGAAGAAGGAGAAGCUCCUGCUGAUCCUGGUAAGCAGCCAAAUGUCUCUCCUGAAGAUAUCCCAGAGGGAAUAUCUGAGGAUAGAUACGACGAUGACAAUGAGGAACAAGAGGAGGAGGAAGAGGGGGAUGAAGAAGGCUUAGACUCUGACUAUGAUAUUAAGAAAGAAGAUUCUAGUAGUACUUCCCAAGAUGCCAAUGCAAAACCUGUCGAAGAAGAACAGAUGCCAGAUUAUGAUGAAGAAACAAAAAGACUAAUAUCUGUUGCUGAUGAAGCUAGAGCAAAGUUUGAUGAGGCUGAUAGAAAAGUCAAGGAUGUAGAGAAUGAAAUAAGUGCCAUUAAAAAAUACUUAGAGUUGGACCUUGGCCCAGAGGAAGAGUUCUCAGCAUUGAAAGGGCAAUGUUUUGAAUAUACAGAUAGAGAGUACACUUACAGAUUCUGUCCCUUUGAAAAGACUUCACAGAAGCCUAAAGGAGGUGGCAUGGAGACAAAUCUGGGAAAUUGGGGUCACUGGCAUGGUCCAGAGAAUGAUAAAUAUGAUGCAAUGAAAUAUGAAAAUGGCCAAAGUUGCUGGAAUGGUCCCAAUAGGUCCUGUCAUGUAAAUCUCCAUUGUGGAGCAGAGAAUGCACUUAUAGGAGCCUCUGAACCCAGUCGUUGUGAAUACCAGUUUGAGUUUACCACUCCUAGUAGAUGCUCUGCCCCACCAGCUCCAGGAACACAUUAUGAUCAUGAAGAGCUUUGAUUUUGCUUUAUUGCUUUUGUACUUUUAGAAAAAAAAAACUUUUAGUACCUGUUCUGUUCAUAUAAUAAAACAAAAAUUGUCUAAAUUAGUGAGUCAUUUUCUUUUGCUUGAGUUUGUUUCAUUAUCCUAUCUUCCCUGUGUAGUUUAGUUUCAUCAUUUUUUUUACGAAUGUUCUGGAAGUUGAGUCAAUUGUUAAUUGAUUUAUAUGUAGAAGUGUUGACAUUUAAUAGUUUGAAAGUUCAAUGUAGAGUAAAGCAAGAGUAAGUUUCAGCAAAAUUAGGAUUUUACAAAAUGAAUGCAUCAGUUGACCUAUCUUUGUUGUCAUCUUUGUAUUAGUUUGUAUUCAUACCUAGUAUGUUUUGUGAAUAUUUUCUUUUAUAUUGACCAAUGUUCAGGACUGUUAAGACUCAAAUUAAAAUUUUGAUUGACAUUAUUUAUCAUUA